AUGUCGGCCUCACCGUCGACUAUCGAAGAGGCCAAGGCACUGAGCACCAGUUCCUCCCCUGUCCAGGAGACAGGCUUCCCAGUCAUCUUUGCACACCUCUAUGAGGCCACUCUCCCCGAAAUCCGGGAACGGGAUCCCGCCUACAAGGAUGAACCCCAGGCUCACCAUAUCACGGGGCUGGGACAUAGCAGCGUGCCAACCGCCCCUCCGCACAACCAGCAUGGACAUUCUGAGCAUGAGCAGGGAAAGCCAGAGGGUCAAAUCUCUUUGCAGCUUCACGUGCCAGAGCGCUUUGCACAGGUUGUGCAAGGAAUUUACAGGUCGAGCUUUCCGGAAAGUGGACACCUGGACAUUUUUAAAGCUCUGGGGGUUAAAACUAUUGUACGAUUCGUCGACGAAGAAUACAGCCCACCCGUGAAGGCCUUCAUGCUCACGAAUAACGUCCGCGCCUUGUUGAUCCCCAUCAUCCCGAACAAGGAUGUCUGCGUCAAGACAACCGAUCAGACUGUAAAUAAAGUCAUGAAUGUACUCAUGGAUCGUAACAAUCAGCCUUUGGUUCUCCACUGUAACCAAGGCAAGCAUCGGACCGGCUCCAUGGCAGGCUGUCUCAGAAAGCUACAGGGAUGGAGCCACCCUGAGAUUGUUGAGGAGGACCGCUCAUUCGCAGGACUAAAGUCUCGAAUUCUUGACGAAAUGUUUAUCGAGGCGUACAAGCCCGGCCGUGGAAUUCAGAAGACUGCCAAGCGCUUGAACGUCAAGCGCUGGGCCAGAGUCCCCGAUCAACUGUCCGAAGAUGCUGCUAUCGAGCGUCCUGUGCUUCCAUUGCAGUGA